AUGUCGACGCAGCCGCUGUACCCGGCGUACCUCCCCACCCGGCCCGACGGCUUCCAGCCGACGAUUGACGUGCCGUUCUUUGAGGCAGACGAGCCCGGACUGCGCGCGAAGAAGUCGAACAAGUUGUCGGUAUUCAAGACCGGGGAUGCCAAGGUGGAGAACAUCACGCCCCGCGUUGGCUCCGAGGUUAGGGGCGUGCAGUUGACCCAGUUGUCCAAGGCGGGCCUUGAUGAGGUUGCGCUGUUGGCGGCUGAGAGGGGCGUGCUGGUGUUUAGAGACCAAGACUUUGCCGAUGCUGGUUUCGAGAAGCAAAAGGAGAUUGUCCAACACUAUGGGCCAUUGCACCAGCAUCCUACGAUGGGGUACCCCGAGGGAACUGGGCCAGAGUUUCACGUCGUCUAUGCAGACGAAAAGGCAGGCAACCUCCGCAACCUUCUCGGACCCCAUACAGCCUACGACCUGUGGCAUGUAGACCAAACCUUCACCCCAAAUGUCCCCUCAACGACGUUCUUUUGGGUCCUCGAACAGCCGGCUUCCGGAGGUGGAGACACGGCCUUUACUUCCCUGACCGCCGCAUACGCCGCUCUUUCCCCGUCUUUCCGCCGCACUCUCCACGGUCUCCGCUUAUUCCACACCUCCGCCUCCGUGGGGGAGGUCGCCCGUGUCGGCGCGGAGCGGGCGCUUAAAGAGGCAGUUUCAACCACGCAUCCUCUUGUUAUCAGACACCCCGUCACGGGAAAGCCGAGUUUGUUCGUGAACCCGACCAUCGCGCGCAGGGUGGAGGGAUUUCUGCCCGAGGAGUCGGAUGCACUUUUGGGAUUCCUGCACAACCAUAUCCGCAGCCUAGACUUCAACUGCAGGGUCAAGUGGGAGAAGGGGAGCGUUGUGGUUUGGGAUCAACGGAGCGUGGCGCAUAGUGCCGUGCCGGAUUUCAAGGAUGGUGAGAGGAGGCACAUGGUUAGAAUCAUUCCGUACGGGACAAGACCUGAGCCGGCUUUUCCUGAAGAGUAUGAGCGGGCGAGGAAAGAUGAGGCGCAAGAUAAAGCUUAG